GCCUGGAGCAAUAUUUGACGAUGGUCGACAUGGCGAAACCAGUGUUGUAUUCUUAUUUCCGAAGUUCUUGCUCGUGGAGAGUUAGGACUGGAAUGUUACAUCCAGAACAUUGUUGCUGAACAAGAAAGCUACUAAAAUUUUGGGAUGCUCUUAAAAAGUUAUUGCAUAAUUGAUCUACCCAGAUUGGCACAGGCACAAGUUCAAGAAGCUCUUGCCUUAAAAGAAAUUGAUUAUGACACACAUGCUGUUCACUUGCUGAAAGAUGGAGGCCAGCAAUUUUCAGAUGAGUUUAAAAAGUUAAAUCCCAUGGGCUAUGUUCCUGCUCUGGUUAUAGAUGGACACACCCUUGCUGACUCACUCAGCAUAAUAGAGUAUCUGGAUGAAACAAGACCUGAUCCCCCCCUGCUACCCAGAGAUGACCCAUUCAAGAAAGCACUGGUGAGGCAAGUGAGCCAAACAAUAGCCAGUGGAAUACAACCAAUCCAGAAUCUUUCUGUCCUGAAGUAUCUUGGCGACGAGAGAAAAGCAGAAUGGGGACAUCAUUGGAUAAACAAAGGAUUUCAUAAUCUAGAGAAAAUCUUGGAAAGGACAUCAGGGAAGUAUUGUGUUGGAGAUGAGAUAUCAAUGGCUGACUUAUGCCUGGUUCCUCAGGUGUACAAUGCAAACAGGUUUAAAGUUGACAUGUCCCAGUUUCCAGUCAUAUCAAGAAUUAAUGAUGAUCUCUCCAAGUUAGAGGCUUUCAAAGUGUCCCACCCUUCUAAACAACCUGACUGUCCAGAAGAAUCGAGGGAGUAAAUGCAUAGCGCACUAGGACUUAAAGCAGAGAAAGUAAAAUUUCCUCUUGAUGAAAUUUCGUUAAGCGUGGCCUUUCAUUUACUCCAAGGAUAUUUCUAUUCAGUCAUAUUCAUUGAUUGAAUUAAUAAUCUAAUUUACACCGUUUAACGUAUGUUAGGAAUUCUGGUAAUAAAGUGUCAAAAUAUUAUUAAUAAAACCUUCUGCGCUUCAG